AACCCUGGAGCGAACUCCAAAAAAGCAUCAACAACAACUCUCAAUUUUUUUAUUUUGUUUUUAUUUUUAUUUUUAUUUUUAAAUCUCCAGGGAAACGAUUUUAAUUUUUAAAAAACAAACAUUCCAAGAAAAAGGAAACCCUCUGAAAUGCUUCAAAAAAAUGAGUGAACUUAUAAAUUCUCAAUUAUUUCGAUCCGUUUUUCAUUAUCACGAUGUGACUUCGGUUACCUUGGAAAUUAAUAAACUAUCAAUUUCAAAGUUGCUAAGCAACCGGAAAAACACGACGACGGGUGCGAGCAAAGCCAGCAAAAAUGGAACAACAGAAGAUUUUGGCGAUUUCGUCCAGAACGAACUGGUUUUGACAUGCCCCCACUUCCGGAACGAGAUUCCGAACCCCACGCUCGGAAAAUUCCCCACCCUGCGUCGGAUCGAAAUUUUGGACGAGGAAUUUCCAGAGAAUUUUGACAAACUUAAUUUCCUUGACAACAACGUAAACAGUGGGGCUGGUUACUAUAGAAAAUAUUUUUACGGCCGUAACCAUGACAACUGGUUUUGCGUGGAUGAAUUAUUGGGUCCAGUGGCGAUUUCCGUUGUCAAGGAAAAAUCCGAAGAGGAGGACGCGUGGUUUCACAGGGUCGUUUUCAGGACCAGCGAUCUCCUCCCAAUCCGCGGCUCCAUAUCCGACGACGUUGUCAUGACGACGACAAAGAAAAUUAAUCAAAAUCACAAUAGUUCAAAAGACGUCGUGGAAUGUUUAUUUCCUUUUUUGACGGUGUCCCAGCAACCCCUCCGCCUGGGCCUCCCCACGGCGCCCCCAAUUCUCCUAAAACUAGACGAACAAUCCCUAACAACCAAGCACAAAAUCGGGGUUUUAUACUGUCGUCAAGGACAAACGACGGAAGAGGAAAUGUACAAUAACGAGUUUGGAUCGGCUAAUUUUGAUGAUUUCCUCAGUUUCCUUGGAGAUAGGAUUAAAUUAAAAGGGUUCACGGGGUAUAAUGGGGGGUUGGAUGUUAAAGACGACACCACCGGAACGCACUCGAUCUACAACGACAAAUUCGACCCAAAUUUAUCGCUCAUGUUCCACGUGUCGACUUUGCUGCCUUUCACGCCCAAUAAUCGACAGCAACUGAUGAGGAAAAGGCACAUUGGGAAUGACAUGGUGACCAUCGUGUUUCAAGAGCCGGGCAGCAGGGCCUUCACUCCGAAAUCGGUCAGGAGCCAGUUCCAACAUGUCUUUGUCGUGGUGCGGUUGGUGGAUUUUGAGGGGGGUGGGGGUGGGCAGCCGGUUUACAGCCUGGCCAUCUCCCGUUCCUGUGAGGUCCCGGAAUUCGGCCCCCCUUUGACCACGCCCACAUUCUCCCGUGAUUCCUUCUUUUUAAACUUCCUCCUCUCGAAAAUCAUCAACGCGGAGAACGCGACGUACAAAAGCGAGAAAUUCACGACGAUGGCGAUCCGGACGAGAAACGAGUAUCUUAAAGACUUGUAUUUAAACUUUACUUCGGGGGGCGUGGCCGAGUUGAGGGGGAGGUUUUCAAUGUUAAAUCUGAUAAAGAAGAAAACCCCGCCCCAAUUAAGCCCCACAUCCUCCUCCCAUGGCAACAAUGGGAUUCCGGGAGGGUUGUCAUGGAAACUAGAAAAUGGUUGCUAUGCAGCUUUAUCGAAAUAUUAUUUCAUCGUUUGUAACGAAAAUGGACUGGAUUUUUAUAUAAAAGUUGGGAACAUCGUUUCCUGGGAAAUUAAUAAAUUUGGGCUAACCCUCUACCACGUGACCCAAAAUAAUCCCCAAAUCCAAUCCACAAGACCAAUUUCUAUGACAACGGAGCAAUCUUUUCGAUUAGUUACUAAAUUAAAAUCUAUAAAUAAAAUCGCCAUGGAAACGUUGCAAUAUUUUAUUAGGAAAAAGGCGAACUUGGGUUUUCAUAUCCAGAACGAUGGACUUGUGACCGACGUGGAAAAGCAAAGCCCGGCCGCCAUCGCGGGCUUAUCCUGCUUCUCCCGGGUUGUCAAGAUAAACUCCACGCGAACCUCGGACCUCAAUUCCGAACAGAUGAUUGACUUGCUAAAAUCCAACCCCUCCGUGGAAAUCGUCGUCAUUGCUCCCGAAGUGGUCCGCCACCUUCCCCCCGCAACCACCCAACACCAACCACACCAACACAACCAUUUAAACUGCUAUGGAGAGGGGAGGACCCAGCAUUUCUCUCCUCUUUUAAAUAAUUACCAUGACAACUACUCUUCCUCUGGUUACGGCACCGGCUCAAGCAGCUUUUCAGUUUUCAGUAACCAUGGCAACACACCACCCCCACCGUUGCCUAGGAGAUUAUAUAACAACUCGAAGAGCUCGGAAAAUAUUUUUUUACUCCAGAAAAACCUCUCGUAUCGACAUAGUUAUUUGGAUAAUUGCUAUGGAAACAGGGAGUCAAACCUAAACCAGCGCGUGGCAGCUUUAAAAAGUGCGUACCUCACGCCUAAGAAAAAGGACACAAAAAUUGAGAAAAAAUCGUCCUUCUUCGAGCAGGAUUUACUUAAGUUGAUCGACAUUGAUCACCAGGAGCAGCUGCAUCAGCAGCCCCCCAGCUACUCUUCCUCACCCCCACAAAUAAAAGUACAAAAGGAGGUCGCCUUGGAAACCCGGGUGGCCCUGUUGGAAUCGCAAUUGGCGGAGGAACGCGCUAUAAAAUACGAGCUCAAAAACAGCCUGGAGAUUCUGCAGCGACAAAAUAAAAAAUUAGCCGAGGAUUACCAUGGCAACAAAAGGGAUGUGGAGAGGUUGAAAUUGUUGUUGCUUUAGGAUUUUUUUGUACUUUUUUAUGUUUCUAUGGAAAAAAUAAAGGAUUAAUAUUAAAAAUGUA